AUGAACGUUUCAAGGGCAUUUGUUCGGGCUGCGAACACCUCAGCAACACGCGUGACAAUUGUGCGCAGAGCCGCCGCUCAGCCGGCAAUCCGCUCGUACGCAACUCCGGCCUCCAGCGCCGACACCAAGCCUCCUGUCGCCCUCUAUGGCCUCGAUGGCACCUAUGCCAGUGCUCUGUACACUGCUGCCGUGAAGACGCAGUCUCUCGAGACCGUGGCCAAGGCCCUCAGCGCCCUCCAGGAGGUCUAUGUCAAGGACCCAAAGCUCUCCAACAUCAUGCAGGCGCCUACCCUCACCUCCGAGGACAAGUCCGCCAUCAUCGCUGAGCUCCAGAAGCACACCGGUGGCCAGGACAAGGCCGACACCGUCAAGAACUUCCUCAACACUCUCGCCGAGAACAACCGCCUAGCUCUCCUCGAAGGUGUCUGCACCAAGUUUGGCGAGCUGAUGGGUGCCGCCAGGGGCGAGAUUGAGCUUACUGUCACCAGCGCUACUCCUCUCGACAACAAGACCCUCACCCGCCUCGAGUCUGCCGUUGCCAAGUCCCAGUACGUUGGCCAGGGCAAGAAGCUCAAGGUCACCAACAAGGUCAACUCCGAUAUCCUCGGCGGCCUCGUUGUUGAGAUUGGCGACCGCACCAUCGACCUCAGCGUUUCAUCCCGUAUCUCGAAGAUGAACAAGCUUCUCACUGAUACUUUGUAA